UCUUGACUCGGCCUUCUCUUUCUCUCUCUAGAUCCAAAUUCCUCGUUUCAGGAGAAGUCCUUAUCCUGCUCUAUCAUUGUUUUCCCUAACCCAUUCCUUAUAUGAUUAUGAAUAUUUAUAUAUAUAGGUAUUAAAGUUCUUUAAUUUGUAUCAUAUAUAUAUAUAUAUGCAUGUUUAAAGAGGGUGAAAAUAAGGAAAAAGGGCCACACUUUACUCCAACGUGGAAUUUAGUAGCUGCUGUUGAGCAUAAAGAGGAUUAGAGACAGUUCCUUGAUGGAAACAACCACUGAUCUCAAACCAUUGCAAACAGACACUGAACUUGGCUAUUGUGAGGAAGAAGAAGUUAAACGGUCCCUGAGGCGCAGAAACUGCAUUGAUUACCGAUUAUUUGACUUAGGCUCCAGAGCAGAGUUUGAUUCUGGAAAGAGCAUGAAGGAUCAUUCUUUCAAAAACAAGCAGAGAAAUGAGAACCUGGAGAAUUUGGGGAGCCCCCAUAAUCGGAAGAUAUUAGCUAGAUGGAACCGUGCUGAAGCAUGCAGGCCUCUUAUUGAUGAAGCUCCUGUAUUCUACCCUACUAUUGAGGAGUUUGAAGAUACACUUGGUUACAUAGCAAAAAUUCGCCCAAAGGCAGAAGCAUAUGGUGUAUGCAGGAUUGUACCUCCUCCUUCCUGGGUUCCCCCUUGCCCUCUUAAAGAAAAGAGUAUGUGGGAAAGCGCUAAAUUUUCUACAAGAGUUCAGCAAGUUGACUUACUUCAGAAUAGGGAGCCCAUGAGAAAGAAAAGAGGGAGGAAACGGAAACGAAGAAGGUAUUCAAAGAUGGGAACUGCCAGGAGACAUCCAAGAUCUGAAGGAUCUGAGUCAAACACUACUUCUGACACUGAUGAGAAAUUUGGCUUCCAGUCAGGAUCAGAUUUCACACUUCAAGAGUUUCAGAAAUAUGCCAAUCAUUUCAAAGAGUGUUAUUUUGGGAUGAAGGAUUCAGUAGAGGAUGCAACUACCAAUGGGACUGAACAGGAGAGAUGGGAACCCUCAAUCGAGGAAAUUGAGGGUGAAUAUUGGCGGAUAGUGGAGCAGCCUACGGAUGAGGUUGAGGUAUAUUAUGGAGCCGAUCUAGAAACUGGAGCAUUUGGAAGUGGGUUCCCUAAGGCAUCAUCUUCACUAUCCAAAAUUAAAUCAGAUCAGUAUGCGGUUUCAGGUUGGAAUUUAAAUAACUUUGCCCGUCUGCCUGGUUCGGUACUAUGUUUUGAAGGGUGUGAUAUCUCGGGAGUUUUAGUGCCUUGGCUUUACAUUGGGAUGUGCUUCUCGUCGUUCUGUUGGCAUGUUGAAGACCACCAUCUCUACUCACUAAACUAUCUACACUGGGGUGAUCCAAAAAUAUGGUAUGGAGUACCUGGAAGCCAUGCUUCUGAGUUGGAGAAGGCCAUGAAAAAGCAUCUACCAGAUUUGUUUGAAGAGCAACCUGAUUUGCUUCAUGAACUGGUAACUCAGCUGUCUCCUUCAGUUCUGAAGUCUGAGGGCGUACCAGUUUAUAGGGCUGUUCAGCAUCCUGGGGAGUUUGUUCUUACCUUUCCAAGGGCAUACCAUUCUGGAUUUAAUUCUGGCUUCAAUUGUGCGGAGGCUGUGAAUGUGGCCCCAGUUGACUGGUUAGAACAUGGGCAAAGUGCAGUAGAGCUCUAUAGUCAGCAGUGUCGGAAGACAUCAUUAUCUCAUGACAAGUUGCUAUUAGGGUCAGCGAAGAAAGCUGCUCAAGCCCUGUGGGAGUUAUCUGUUCUCAAGAAGGAAACUCCGAGAAACCUGAGUUGGCAAAGUUUUUGUGGCAAGGAUGGUAUGCUUACAAAUGCAGUUAAGAAAAGGGUGUUCAUAGAAGAGGAAAGAAUACAUCAGCUCUCCACUAAUUUGAAGCUCCUAAAGAUGGACAGGGAAUUUGAUAUAGGAAAUGAGAGAGAAUGCUUUUCAUGUUUCUAUGACUUGCACCUUGCUGCUGUCGGUUGCAAGUGCUCUGCUGAGAAGUUUGCAUGUCUUAAACAUGCAAAUAUGGUAUGUUCCUGUGAGUCAAAGAAUAGAUUUAUACUUCUUCGUUACAGCAUGGAUGAAUUGAAAACAUUGGUUGAAGGAUUGGAGGGGAAAAUAGAUUCUCUAAAGGCGUGGACAUUUGAAGAUCUUGAAUUAGUUUGUAUAAACAGAGAAGAGGAUACUACUCAUUUGGAUCAGAAGAGACAGGCGUGUGAAAUCAACUCUCUAAAGGAAAAGGAAGGUCCACUUUGUUACCCUGUAACCAAGAACAUAAUUGAGAUAAAUGGCACAACCAAUUCGUCAUGGCUUCAUGUUUCUUCGGAAAUAGCUCCUUCAGAUACCCAGCAAAAAACUUUGCAUCUAUGUGAGUCACGCAGCACACUAGCUGAGAACAACAGAGAUGAUCCCGUUAUAAAUAAUGAAGAUCAUGUUGUGAAGAAGUGCUGCAUUGAUCUGAAUCUGGAUGGAAUUUCUGAUGAAGAUGGAAGUGGUUCCUCUAUCUCACACAUUCUUUCAGAUAAAGAUCAUCCUUCUUGUUCAAGGAAUGGUGGGAAUUCAUGGGCUGAUGAUAGUAACUUGAUUGGACCUGAUUCUAUUGUUUCCUGUCUAAAUUCAAGCAUUCCAUUAAACCUCUUGUUGAAAGAUAAAACUGCAGGGUGCUCAAGAAUGAGCAGGGAAGCCAGUUCUAUAGAGAAGUCUGAAGUUUGUGUUGAUCCAAUAAACUAUGGAACAGUAGUGUCUGGAAAGCGGUGGUGCAGCAAACUGGCCAUCUUUCCAAAAGGAUUCAGAAGCCGGGUUAAGUUCUUUGAUGUGCUCAAUCCAAGCAGAAUGAGUAGCUAUAUAUCAGAAAUCUUAGAUGCUGGUCUCAUUGGGCCUUUCUUUAAGGUUAGUUUAGAGGAGUGCCCAAGUGAGAGCAUUGUAUCUGAUUCUGCCGAAAAAUGUUGGGAAAUGGUGAUCCAGAGGCUAAAUCAAGAAAUCAUAAGGCGAAGCAAUUUAGGAAAGCAGGGACUAUUGCCCUUGCUGCCUGCUGAAAGCAUCAACGGGCUUGAAAUGUUUGGGUUGCUCUCACCACCCAUUGUUCAGGUUAUUGAAGCUCUUGAUCCGAAUCGUCAAUGUGUGGAGUACUGGAACCACAAGCUUUCGUUAGAGGAGCAUCCCAGAAACGUCCGUGAACUGCCUUCAAGCUUAAAGGAUAAUUGUGCUGGAAAGUAUCCUUCUCAAUCAAGUCAAUCUGCAGGGAAAACAGAAGGGAAAGUUUUUGGUUUUGAUUUGACCAAAGAAGAGCAGGAUGAUUUAGAAGUUGACAACAAAAAUCAUCCAGUUAACGAUGAGUUACAGCCCGUACUGCGAGGAUUACUGAAGAAGGCAAACCCGGAAGAACUCAAGAUGAUGCACCGAAUCUUGUGCAGCGAGUCAAGCAGCCAUGAACGGAGUGUGGCGCUGGCAACAUUGACUGAGGAGAUCCAGAGAAGUGUAAAUAAGGAGGACAAUAAUUAAGCUCUCAUAAUUCUUUCUGAAUUUAGCUUUUAGGGUCUUAUGAUAGUUGAUUAUUCCAUUAUAGGCCCAUUCUUUCAUAUAUAUAUUUACAUAAUGCCAUAAAAGAGGGAGAUAUCUUGAUUUUGAGUUGUGCACAAAACAUUUUCAUUGUGCUGUACUCAAAAUGCAGAUUUUGGUCUUAUCUAGGUAGUGCCAUUUAACUUAUCCCAACAGGAGCUUCUUGUACAUGGUUUAUAAAUUCUCAACCCUUAUUUUAAGUGUAGAUCGUGCCAGUUCUUUUCUGUA